UUUUUAGUAUUAUCCAAACACUUUUGUAAAGAAACAAAACACGGAUAGUGUUUGGUGCACAUUUUUAUAUUUUUUUUGGAAAUUUUGUUUUUAUAAAAAAAAACGUAAAAAUGGAAAAAUUUUUUAAAUAUUUAUUAAUUUGGUAUUUGUUAACGGGAUGCUGCUGGGGUUUUGGUCAAUUUCAUAUGAAAAAGUAUACACCACGCAUAGACUCGAGUGAAGAGGAUAAUAGUGUUUUAAGGACUUAUCGCCGCUGCUUGUGGGAACAAUCAAAGUCCUUACCUAGGCGCUUGGUGUUGCUGAGUUUAUGCUCGAAUUUAUUUUGUGAAAAUAAUCAAAUCGUUUCCCGAUCCAGGUCUAUUUUUGUAGUGGAAAAAAUGGCUAGACCCAAUGACUGCCUGGAUAUUUUACCCGAUCAGUGUAAACAGGGCGAUGAGGAGGAACUGAUGUAUAAACCAUUUCCGGAUUGCUGUCCGGUCUAUUGUAAUCUUAAGCGUCGCAUGAAUCGUUUGAAAACUAUGCACUACCGACAUCGCAUGCUAUUGAAUAUGCAGCGUCAACAGGCGGCAGGGGCCACAAAUUUACUGCUUAAUGAGUACGGCUUGGAUAGUAUGUAAAGGGGUCUGAGGGGAAGACAAUAAACCUCUUUUUGAGUGAGAAAAAGACAUUACAUAGUUAUUUAAAAAGGAAUGUUAAUUAAAUUGUAAAAUUAAAAAAAAAGUUUAGAAUAAACUAAAA